AUGGAGCACGAUUCUAGCUUGAACAGUGCUCAAUCAAAUGAAAAUCGACUUACAUUUGUAUUGUUACUACAGAACAACUAUAACAAUUUCUUGCAAAGACUAAACCACUUUAUCCCAGUUAACUUUACAGAAGAAGUGAAAGCUCUGUGCAGAUUAGCAGGGCCAUUGAUUUGCUCACAGCUAUUAUGUUUCAUGAUCAACAUUGUCAGCACCAUAUUUUGUGGACACCUGGGUAAACUGGAACUAGAUGCUGUGACUCUUGCCAAUGCGUUUAUAUCAGUGACCGGUCUUUCAGUAGGACUAGGAUUAUCCUCAGCUUGUGACACGCUCAUUUCACAGAUGUAUGGAGGUAAAAACCUGAUGUUAAUUGGAGUUUUAAUGCAGCGUGGAAUCCUCAUCCUUUUCCUCGCAUGCUUCCCCUGCUGGGCGCUAUUUAUAAAUACUGAAAACAUUUUAUUGUUCUUCAAGCAAGACCCAGAAGUUGCUCGUUUGGCAGAAGACUAUGUCCUGGUUUUCAUCCCUGCUCUUCCAGCUGCAUUUGUUUACCAGCUGGAGACACGUUAUUUACAAAAUCAGGGUAUAGUUCAUGCUCAGAUCAUUGUCAGUGUUCUUUCAAACAUCAUCAAUGCCUUUGUGAACUACAUAUUCCUGUUUGUCCUGGGACUUGGUGUUAUGGGCUCUGCAUGGGCUAACACCAUUGCUCAAUUUUGCCAGUCUGGGUUUCUUUUCCUUUAUAUUCGUGUCAGGGGACUGCAUGAAAAAACUUGGGGAGGUUGGUCCAUUGAAUGUCUGCAAGACUGGAGCUCAUUUAUAAAUCUGGCCAUACCAAGCAUGUUAAUGGUGUGCAUUGAAUGGUGGGCCUAUGAGAUUGGCAGUUUCCUUACAGGUCUAAUUAGUGUUGUAGAACUUGGUGCCCAAUCUGUGAUUUACCAGGUGGUGACAGUUGCAUAUAUGAUUCCCUUUGGUAUAAGCAUGGCUGUGAGUGUUCGAGUGGGCAACGCAUUGGGUGCUGGGGAUAUUGAGCAGGCAAAGAGUGCAAUGAAAGUUGCUUUCAUUAUUACAGUUGUUUUCUUUACUGUGGACACAAUCCUAUUGGCUGCCUUCAAGGAUGUUUUUUCAUACAUAUUUACAAAUGAUAGACAGAUAGCUGCUCUUGUUUCAGAAGUGAUUCCCUUAUAUAUUCUGUUUCACCUUUUUGAAUCAGUUGCUUGUGUUUCAAGUGGUGUUCUAAGAGGAAUAGGCAGACAGAAGAUUGGAGCUAUCAUUUUCGUCAUUGGAUACUAUCUGAUUGGCUUGCCAAUUGCUGCAGCCCUAAUGUUUGGGGGCAAAGUGGGCAUAAAAGGUUUUUGGAGUGGAAUGACUCUUUGUGGGAUAUUUCUAACUGUGUUCUUUAUUACAUAUCUUUUCAAAAUGAGUUGGAAUGAUGUCUGCUAUGAGGCCCAACGAAGAGCAGGGGCAACGCCGAAAGAAACUGUUUCUUCAGUUGUAAAGGAUAUAUCAGAUGACAUUAGAUUAUCAGAGGCCUGUGCUAUUCAAAGCAAAGCAGCCCAGAUGGUUUUACUAGAGGAACCUAAAUCUUUGCCAAUUAGGGAGCUGAUACUGUGCCGUGGACUUGCUCUGGCUGGGGGUAUUGCUGUGCUGCUAACUGGAAUUCUAAUAAAACUCUGUACAGCCGGGGGUUAGACAGUUUGCAUUCUGUAGUAUAUUGAUUUAUUGACUAGUCUUGUUGCUGAAAAAUUACAGGCUGUGAAGAAAAACUGUCUCAUGAGGUGUUUAUAAAUUUCAUAUUGACAAAAUAAAACAUGUAAUAAAAUCUACAGAAAAGUA